AUGUCGAACAUUGUCCUUGUCCAGCCCUCCAUUUAUGGCAACGACAAUUCUUGCAUGCUCGACGCUCUGAAGGCCAUUGGACCUUGCAACGGUAGAGGCGUUGUAGGCUUUGAUCCUGACACGAUUGAGAGGUCGACUCUCCGGGAGUGGCAUGAGCUAGGUGUUCGUGGCGUGCGCUUGAAUCUCAAAUCGAACGACACCAAGUUCACGGAGCAGUCUCUACGUGAUGUCCUUCAACGCUAUGCGAAGGCCAUCAAACCUCUCGAAUGGGUCUUGGAACUUUUCAUUGGUAUGGAAGAUAUUCCAGUCCUUGAACGCGCUGCGAAAGAUAUUAGUGUGCGACUGUGUCUUGCGCAUUUUGGUGCACCGAAACUUCCGUCGCUGGCGGACCGCACGAACCCUCUCAAUCCAUACGAGUUGACCGGCUUUCAGUCGCUUGUGGAUUUGCUACGUAGCGGGAAUGUCUGGCUCAAGUUUUCUGGAGUGUACCGGUUUGAUGAAGAUCCAAACAUGGAGGGUAUCGAGCCUCUUGCACGUGAGCUAUUGAAGAUCGCAGGAGACAGGCUCGUCUUCGCAUCGGACUGGCCACAUACACGAUUCGAUGGCCUCGAUGUAAAGCCUUUCGUCGAGAGGUGUCUGCAAUGGACGGAUGAGGCUGGUUUGAAGGAGGAAGUCUUUGUCUCCAAUGCCAAGAAGCUUUGGGACAUUGAUGAAUAG